AUGUAUGAAAUGGAAAGUAAGGAGCUGCGGCAAACUCUGGCCAACCUCACCAUAACCGUGCUGUCGCAGCAGAUGAUGAGCGAUGUCCUGCUGCUGCGGUCGAGGCCCGAGCACAGCAAGGGUAGACUGGAGUCAAGAGAAGCGAAGCCGGGUGAAAAGUUCAAUUUCUCUUGCGACAUUUGCAGCGCUGGGUUCAGGUUUCGUGACAAAUUGUAUAAACACAUGGUGCUGCAACAUCGGUACAUGUAUACUUGCAAAUUGUGCAAGGAGGUGUUCACAACGCGAGCACAAGCCAUCGAACAUAACGACCAAGUUCACGCGAAGAAGCACCCGUGCGAGGAAUGUGGGAAGGCAUUUAAAAACUCAGUAAAGUUACAUGCGCAUAUGAAGGCCAAGCAUGCUAAACAUAUCCCUUGCAACCUGUGCGGGUACGCAGCUAGGACAGAGAAGAUCUACUACCUGCACCAGCUCCGAGAACACGAAUAUAUCAGCAUAAACGAUCCAUUAAUAGGCGAUCCUAACCACAAAUGCAGCGAAUGCAACGUGCAGUUCAUAGAUCAACGCAGUCUAGAGUGGCACCUCGUCAAUAUGAACCACGCAGGCGCGGAUAUGAUCCAGUUCGCGUGCAUACCCUGCAAGAAGAUGUACGAAACUGAAGAAGAACUAGAGACGCACUUCAUCAUAUGCAAAGACGCAAGGAAAUACCCGCGCAAGUGCUGCUAUUGUUCGGAAAUGCUCCACGACGUCAUCCAUUACAAAACGCACUACGCACAGGAGCACCCCACGCUGCAGUACCGCUACCUCACUCAGAACAGCAUCUGCGACAUUUGCGGGAAAUCGAUUUUCAAGCCGCUUCUGGAAGCGCACCUGCGCUCGCACGCCGGCGCCGGGCUGCAGUGCCGGCUGUGCGCGGCGGCGCACUCCACGCCCGCGCAGCACGUCGCGCACAUGCUCGCGCAGCACGCGCGCCGCCCCUUCCGCUGCGCGCUCUGCACGCGCAGGUUCAAGCACCGCAGCGACUGCAAGGACCACAUACUCAAGGUAUACUCCACGCCCGCGCAGCACGUCGCGCACAUGCUCGCGCAGCACGCGCGCCGCCCCUUCCGCUGCGCGCUCUGCACGCGCAGGUUCAAGCACCGCAGCGACUGCAAGGACCACAUACUCAAGGUAUACUCCACGCCCGCGCAGCACGUCGCGCACAUGCUCGCGCAGCACGCGCGCCGCCCCUUCCGCUGCGCGCUCUGCACGCGCAGGUUCAAGCACCGCAGCGACUGCAAGGACCACAUACUCAAGGUAUACUCCACGCCCGCGCAGCACGUCGCGCACAUGCUCGCGCAGCACGCGCGCCGCCCCUUCCGCUGCGCGCUCUGCACGCGCAGGUUCAAGCACCGCAGCGACUGCAAGGACCACAUACUCAAGGUAUACUCCACGCCCGCGCAGCACGUCGCGCACAUGCUCGCGCAGCACGCGCGCCGCCCCUUCCGCUGCGCGCUCUGCACGCGCAGGUUCAAGCACCGCAGCGACUGCAAGGACCACAUACUCAAGGUAUACUCCACGCCCGCGCAGCACGUCGCGCACAUGCUCGCGCAGCACGCGCGCCGCCCCUUCCGCUGCGCGCUCUGCACGCGGAGGUUCAAGCACCGCAGCGACUGCAAGGACCACAUACUCAAGGUAUACUCCACGCCCGCGCAGCACGUCGCGCACAUGCUCGCGCAGCACGCGCGCCGCCCCUUCCGCUGCGCGCUCUGCACGCGCAGGUUCAAGCACCGCAGCGACUGCAAGGACCACAUACUCAAGGUAUACUCCACGCCCGCGCAGCACGUCGCGCACAUGCUCGCGCAGCACGCGCGCCGCCCCUUCCGCUGCGCGCUCUGCACGCGCAGGUUCAAGCACCGCAGCGACUGCAAGGACCACAUACUCAAGGUAUACUCCACGCCCGCGCAGCACGUCGCGCACAUGCUCGCGCAGCACGCGCGCCGCCCCUUCCGCUGCGCGCUCUGCACGCGCAGGUUCAAGCACCGCAGCGACUGCAAGGACCACAUACUCAAGGUAUACUCCACGCCCGCGCAGCACGUCGCGCACAUGCUCGCGCAGCACGCGCGCCGCCCCUUCCGCUGCGCGCUCUGCACGCGCAGGUUCAAGCACCGCAGCGACUGCAAGGACCACAUACUCAAGGUAUACUCCACGCCCGCGCAGCACGUCGCGCACAUGCUCGCGCAGCACGCGCGCCGCCCCUUCCGCUGCGCGCUCUGCACGCGCAGGUUCAAGCACCGCAGCGACUGCAAGGACCACAUACUCAAGGUAUACUCCACGCCCGCGCAGCACGUCGCGCACAUGCUCGCGCAGCACGCGCGCCGCCCCUUCCGCUGCGCGCUCUGCACGCGCAGGUUCAAGCACCGCAGCGACUGCAAGGACCACAUACUCAAGGUAUACUCCACGCCCGCGCAGCACGUCGCGCACAUGCUCGCGCAGCACGCGCGCCGCCCCUUCCGCUGCGCGCUCUGCACGCGCAGGUUCAAGCACCGCAGCGACUGCAAGGACCACAUACUCAAGGUAUACUCCACGCCCGCGCAGCACGUCGCGCACAUGCUCGCGCAGCACGCGCGCCGCCCCUUCCGCUGCGCGCUCUGCACGCGCAGGUUCAAGCACCGCAGCGACUGCAAGGACCACAUACUCAAGGUACACGAGCCAACGAAACUGUUCAAAUGCGAAUUCUGCGGCGUGGAGUUCUCCUAUUGGAAAAACUUGAAAGAGCACUCUGAAACCGUUCACAACUUGGUCAUCCCCCCCAUCAAAACCAAAUUAAUCAAAUCCAAGGAAAAGAUGUUCGUAUACGCCCACAUGAAAAUCAUCAUCAACGAGUUAGAAAGGAGCGUAGUCGAACAACUUAAAAUCGAACUAAUGGACUAUUUGGAGCAAAAAUCUAAACCUGUAGAAUACGAAAAUUACUUCAUCUUCAGUCCUGAUGCGGAAGAAUCUGCGAUUUGCAAGAAGAAAAGACGAAAACGGGAUAGAAGGAAAAAGAAACCGACAGAAUUGGAGUCUGCGGUCGCUCAGAUCAGUUAUCCCGAUAGUGGAAUCAAAAUUGAGAAUAUUGAAGUUAUAAAACCAGGAGAAGUAGAGAAGAUUGUUGUACCAAAAGUAGAAGUUGAUCAAAAUUCAAGUUUUAAAGAGGAUGUAGAUACAGUAGAGAUGGAAAUAGACUCUGUGGAGCUUGAUGAUUCGGCGCCUUUGGAGGUUAUCGAGAAUGAUGGGCAUCAGUUUGUGAUGAUAAACGGGGAGAUGUAUAGAAUAGCAUGCGAGGAUGAGGAAUAAAAAAAAAGAAAAAAGAAAUAAGGAAGGAAUAAAGUGUGAUGGUGAG